AUAGGUCCUAUGUUUGAAAAGUCAAUCAAAACUAUGUGAGACCUAAUAGUUAGUCAAAUGAAACUCUACGCCCAUUCAUAUCAAUGAUGGCCACUAUGUUUGGGCUCUUAUAUUGUAGUGAUAGUUGUAUUACUUGUAUUAUAUGAAUGUAAAAGUGGGUCCAAACAUGUUGUCAGUCCGGUGUCGACCCCAUAAUACAGUAGACGACUGACUUGACUGACUGGCCAUAUGUGAGGAUGUGUUUGCAAUGACAUAACGAUCCCUAAGUGUAGACUCCUCUGGCAUAUAAUAGUGUAGUGAAUGACUCAUUGAAUGGUUAGGCAGUGUUUGUCAGGCAUUGAGUGAAUCAAUGAAUCAGUGGUACAGUUGUGUUGUGUUGUGAUGUGAGGGACGACACCAACCCAUACAACAACAAUACUAUUGUACAACACAUACAUUACUACCCAUACAAUACAUAUACUGUGUUUACAUUGUUUUGUUGUAUUCAACAUAACUUAAGAUAACAAUAAUUAAUAAUUACUUAAUAAUAAUAUUAAAUAAGUAAUACUUUCACUGAUUGUGUAAUACAGUUGUCAUUAUUUGGUCAGUUGUGUCAAACAUUUAUGACUUAAGCAUUGAAAGGACUGUUAGAUGUGUUUGUGUUUUGCCCAUUGAGUGUGUGAUUCAUUCAUAAUAAUCACUAUAACAUUGAGUUUUAUAUUAAUGAAUCAAUGAUUGGACUAAUAUAUGUCAUAUGUCAUACAUAAAAACAAUGUAUUUAUUAUUAUAAUUAUUUAUAAAUCCUUUUAAUUGAUGGCUUAGUCAUCAACUGUCUGCCCACUCGUUGACCAGUUAUACACCACUACCCGUGUGUCAGUGUUGUAUGUAUACCUCAAGCCUCCAGUGCUUGACAUUUAAGUGCCAUUAGGUGUUGCCAACACUAUUGAGGACAGAGUUGGAAAUGGAGAUAAAGUUAUUGCAUAAGAGCUCGACAUUUGGCAAUUUUAAUAGUCAUAAAUUAAGUUUAAGCAAUUGGUUCAGCUCUUUAGGACUGACCAACAAUGGACACACCAAACGCAAGAACAGUCAAUUGAAGAACUCCAAGAGUUUGAGUGUUGUUCACGAAAUGCCACGAUUUGGUUCCGAUGGUGAAAGUGAAGAAGCAUCCGGUGCUUCUGAUGAAGUCGUGUCUCCCGUUACUAAAAGUCAUUAUAUUAGUAAUGGGAACGCCGCCAAUGGGAACGUCCGGAUGAGAAAUCAUAGGACUCGACGGAUCAAUCCUCAAGACAUAAGCAAAAGACUUUCACUGCCCGCUGACCUCCAUCUGCCAGAAAGCUUUUUGGUUAAGCAAUCAUUAAGUCCUACACCUGAUGGACCAUUAACUCGACAAAUGAGACGUCAGUCGCUGAAUGAGAUCGGUUUUGGACGAAUGGAAACGUACACCAAAUUAGACAAAUUGGGAGAAGGCACUUAUGCUACUGUUUUCAAAGGGAAAAGUAGGUUAACCGACAAAUUGGUUGCACUCAAAGAGAUCCGACUCGAACACGAAGAAGGAGCGCCCUGUACUGCCAUUAGGGAAGUUUCACUGUUAAAAGAUUUAAAGCACAACAAUAUAGUGACUCUUCACGACAUCGUUCACACGGAAAAGUCGCUGACUUUAGUAUUUGAAUAUUUAGAAAAAGAUUUGAAGCAAUAUAUGGAUGACUGCAGUAAUAUAAUGCAUAUGAAUAACGUUAAGAUAUUUUUAUUUCAAUUACUGAGAGGACUAUCAUAUUGUCACAGAAGAAGAAUACUUCACAGAGACUUAAAGCCACAGAAUUUACUGAUCAAUGAGAGGGGAGAACUCAAGUUAGCAGACUUUGGGUUAGCACGUGCUAAGUCAGUGCCAACAAAAACCUAUUCAAACGAAGUGGUGACUCUAUGGUAUCGACCACCGGAUGUACUUCUGGGAUCCACUGAAUAUAAUACAUCGAUUGAUAUGUGGGGUGUCGGCUGUAUAUUUUUUGAGAUGGCCAGUGGUCGUCCAUUAUUUCCCGGUUCAACAGUUGAAGAUGAGUUGCAUCUAAUAUUCAGAACAUUAGGCACACCAACUGAGCGCAACUGGAAGGGUAUCACAAAAAAAGAAGAGUUCCUAUCAUUUAAUUUCCCGCAUUACGAACCCGAGUCGUUCAUCGAUAGAGUCAAUCGAGUGCCACGACUUGACUCUGAAGGCAUGGAUCUCUUGAAUCGAUUUCUUAAGUACGAACCUAAGGCCCGAAUAACUGCCAACGAAUCGAUGAAACACUUUUACUUUUCAAGUUUAGGUCCACACGUCCAUCGACUUGAAGACACAGAAUCAAUAUUCAAUGUCCCGGGUCUACACCUGAGUCGUGAUCCGGGAAGUCGAUCGUUUGCCAAUAAUACAGCCAUAAAUGGUCGGCACAGACGACAAAGUCUAUUGCUUUGACAAUUGAGAGAAAAAAUGAGUGGCCAUUAUGUGCUAAUCACUUAUAUAAAUACAAUAAGUUUUUUUCCAUAUCCAUUGGCCAAUCACUUUAAAAGCCAAUUCAAUUGCCAUUAAUAACUAAAUUUUAAAAAUAUUGCUCAUUUGUGCCAAUACUUUACACUUUUACACAAAUUAUUACUAAAAAUUUAACACAAAAAUUGAAUGAAUCAAACAUUUUCGAGGAAAGUAUUGAAACGAUUGAAAUGGAUUUUUAGUUUUGACAAUCCGGUCAUAAUUAACGCCAAAGUGUUUUAACAAAGCAUUUGAUGCUUAACUUAUAGAGUAUAACUCAAAUACCAAAAUUUUAGCCAUUAUUUACUUUUAAUUACUAUUAAUAUAAUGAA